AUGACUGCCAAGCAGCAUGGGUUGGACGACUGUUUGCUCCAAUACAUCAAGACGUUUGAACGUGAGCGCAUCAACGGGGAGCAGCUCUUGCACAUCACCCACCAGGAGCUGGAGGAACUGGGGGUGACACGCAUCGGACACCAGGAGCUCAUCCUGGAGGCUGUGGACCUGCUCUGUGCUCUGAACUACGGGUUAGAGACUGAGAACCUCAGAACACUGUCACACAAGCUGAACGCUUCAGCCAAGAACCUCCAGAACUUCAUCACCGGCCGUCGCCGUGGCGGCCACUACGAUGGGCGGGCAUCGCGUCGCCUGCCUAAUGACUUCCUGACCUCGGUGGUUGACCUCAUCGGGGCGGCCAAGAACCUCCUGGCUUGGCUGGACAGAUCACCCUUUGUGAGUGUGACUGAGUACUCUGUGUUGAAGAAUAAUAUUGUUCAGCUCUGCCUGGAGUUAACUACUAUUGUUCAACAGGACUGCACUGUGUAUGAGACCGAGAACAAAAUCCUGCAUGUGCUGUCUGUUGUCUGGCUGCAGUGUAAGACGCUGUCGGGGAUCUGUGAGCACAUCAUCUCGCUGUCGUCCGACUCGCUGGUGUCCCAGUCGGCCCAUCUGGAGGUGGUCCACCUGACCAACGUCAUGCCCAGCGAAGGCCUGGGCAUGUACAUCAAGUCUACUUAUGACGGACUCCACGUCAUCACUGGAACUACAGAAAAUUCUCCGGCUGAUCAGUGCAAGAAGAUCCAUGCGGGAGAUGAAGUGAUACAGGUCAACCAUCAGACAGUGGUGGGGUGGCAGCUGAAGAACCUGGUGAAUUCUCUGCGGGAGGACCCCAGCGGCGUCAUCCUGACCCUGAAGAAGCGGCCGCAGAACAGCCUGACCUCGGCCCCGGCCCUGCUCAAGAACGCCCGCUGGAAACCCCUGGCCCUCCAGCCCAUUCCCACGAGUCCCUGCAGUGAGUCGCCCACUCCGCCCAGCACGCUGGGCUCCCUCGGCCUGUCCCCUGGACUGGACACGCCGAGCAGCCAUGACGUCUUCAUACUGUCCCCUGUCUCUGGAGUCUAUGGACACAGGGAGGAGGAGAUGGAGAGGGGCGGAUUUGGAGUGUUCGGAAGCUCCGAGUCUCCAGGCUUCUUUGUGGACCAGGAGGGGGGUCCGUACUUCCCCUUGCUGGAGGAGGAGGGGGGCAGAUCUACAGGGCUGCGCCGCAGAGACAGGACCCCCACACACGGUGACCACAGGCCUGUUUCUAUGGCAAACGAGUGGAUGUCCGAGCCCCAGGAGGCUGGAGUGUACAAGAGAGGAAGCCGAGACUCGGACUCCUCUCUCCUGCGCUUCAUGAGUGAUGACAGGAUCAUGGUGAUCCAGGAGGAGGGCGAGUUUGCACGGGACUUCCAGCGAGACACGAGCCGGCGCUCCAGAAGGAAGAGCCGCAAUCCCAGCAGCCCCAGCUAUCCCAUCAGCCCCUCCAUGCUGGCUCCCCCAGUCAGGCUGGACGCAGGACCCCCAGAGGGGCUGGCCUUUCCAGUGCCCGACAACAACACUGUGCCACACUAUCAUCGAGCUGGCGACACACUCCGCGCCGACACGGACAGGUAUGCAAGUUCUGCCAUUGACAGACAAGCAGGAACAUCAAUGAGGAAGUCAGUGCACUAUGCUUCUUUAAGGACCAAGACCAAAAAGAAGAGCAAAGGGUCACUGAGCAAUGCGAGCCGCAGGAGGAUCGCUUGUAAGGACCUGGGCCACGGCGACUGCGAGGGCUGGUUGUGGAAGAAGAAGGACGACACCGGCUACUUCACCCAAAAAUGGAAGAAGUACUGGUUUGUCCUGAAGGACUCCGACCUCUACUGGUACACCAACCAGAAUGAUGAGAAGGCAGAGGGUUUCAUCAGUUUGCCAGAGUUCAGGAUAGACAGAGCAAUCGAGUGCAGGAGGAAACAUGCUUUCAAGGCCUGCCAUCCAAAAAUCAAGAGUUUCUUCUUUGCCACGGACCAUUUAGAGGAGAUGAAUAGAUGGAUGAAUCGUUUGGGACUGGCUGCCAUUGGAUACACCCCAGAUGAUCCUGUACCCCGCCCAGAUGAAGACUACUGGAGUGAAAGUGACCAGGAAGAGAUGGAGGGAUCCAUGACCCUCAAACACGACAGCUACCACAGAGGACACAGUGCGAACCCCACCAGCCCGUUCCCUGAGCGCCACUUCUCCAGCGGCUCCACCUUCUCCCACUCCUCGGCCGAGGAGUCGCUCUCCUCCGGCUGCCGCUCCACGCACCGCGAGCGCCGCUCCUGGCAGGACCUGAUCGAGACGCCGCUGACCAGCGCCGGGCUGCACUACCUGCAGACGGGCGAGGGCGACGGGGGCGACUGGGGCGGCCCGGCGGGACCCCACGCGCCCCUCGCGCCCCUCUCCCCCGAGCACCGCCGGCACCAGGCCACGCUCCCGGCCCCGCAGCGCCGCCGAGGGCCCCCGGACCGCGACGGACCCUUCCCGCUGACCGACGGCGAGGAGCGAGGGUCGCGCAGCAGCGGUGGCGGCGGCGGGCGAUCCCACAACAACGGGCACCGGCAGCAGCGCAGCCACAGCCUGCCGCGCAACCGCGACGCCCAGCCGCCGGCCGCCCUGCCCCGCCACACGCACGGCACGCUCCGGCCCCGGGCCCACGCGCACCGCGAGGAGCACGACGACGACGACGACAACGAGCCGGACGAGGCCGGCAGCGGCGGAGGAGGGGGAGGCUCCAGACGCAGGCACAACAGCCGGCGGCGGAACGGAGGAGGAGGAGGAGGAGAGCGGUCGGUGUGCGAGGCGGCGGAGAGGGAGGCCGAGGAACGGGAACGGGAGCGGGAACGGGAGCGAGAACGGGAGCGAGAACGGGACCGGGAGCGAGACCGAGACCGGGAGCGAGAGCGAGAGCGCGGGAGCUCGACGGGCGGCGAGGUGCCGGUGGACGGCCUCCAGGAGCUCUACCGCACGCUGGAGCAGGCCAGCCUGUCGGCCUUCGGCCAGCAGCGGCCCUCCACCAAGCAGGAGUUCCGCCGCUCCUUCGUCAAGCGCUGCAACGACCCGGCCACCAACGACCGGCUCCACCGCAUCCGGGCCCUCCGCAGCACGCUGAAGGCCAAAGAGGGCGAUCUGGCCGUCAUCGGUCUGAUUCUGGACGACCCCGGCCUGACUUCGCGGAAGUUCCGGGAUUGGAAGCAGCACAACCACGAGCUCUUCGUGGACAUCUGCGAGUUCAGCGCGGCCCCCCUGGAGCUCGCCUCAGACGCCGCGGCCGGCGACCUUUCACCUCUGUCGCCCACCCUGAUGAUGCACACGCACUCCUUCAUCGAGACGCACGUCUGAGGCGAUGAGAUGCACGCCUGAGUCUGUGACGAUGGCCAUCCACACACACACACACACACACAUACACACACACACACACACACAUUAACACAUACAUACACACACACACACUCCUUUUAGCCGCCAAAAAACAUCCAAUAGCGUUAUAUACACACAUGCCAUGUACAUCAAGAACAGUAAACUUUUACAAACUCUCAUGUCCAUUCACUGUUAUUUACAAAGUCCUAUGCCCUACUACAGAACAGACAUGUAUGUAAACAUGAAAUGUAAACACACCCAUGAACUGAUGAAGAAAAAACUUGGAAGAAGCACUGUGGAGUCAAGAGACCACACCUUUUCCCCUUUGACCUUUACCCCUCAACCCCCGACGGACAGCUGACUGAGGAGCCGACACACUGUAACCAACACACACUCACUGUAACUAUGGGAACCAACCAACAACACACACACUGUAACCGUGGUAACGGAUGUGUACUGUGAGCGACUGCAAAAAAAGCUCACAGACACCAAAGACAGUGAAGCCAGAGUGAAGAGUAAAGGAUGUUAUGCGCUCCCUGAGCCCAUGUGAGCCACUAUACUAAUAACAGACUCACUCACCGGAGAUACUGAGGUGCCCCACUGCAUGCCUGAGGAAAAAAAAAGAGUCAUUCUUUCAUAUUUAGUGCUGAAGAAGAAUAUAUGAACAGCAACUACAAGGAACUGAAUAAAACACAGCGAUAAUUGUUCAGGGGCUGUAUCAUUAUCCUCUCUCUCUCUUUUUUUUAAAAUCAGCUCUUUGGAUUUGUUUUUAUUUUCUUUCCUUUCUUCCCCUCGUAUGCUGCAGGAAGAGCGAUCGAUGUAGCUGUGGGCAAUGGGCAAUGGGCUUCUUUCUGUUACCAAGCAACACACACACCGCCCUACUGUGUAACUGUAUGCAGCUCUCAAAAUGUGUGAGUGUGUGUGUGUGUGUGUGUGUGUGUGUGUGUGUGUGUGUGUGUGUGUGUGUAAGAAUGUUUUGAGCAUUUGUGAGUGUGCAUGGAUAUCUGUGCGUUUUAGAGGAGAAGAUGGCAUCUGGUGUGUGUGUAUGUAUGUAUAUGUGUGUGUGUGUGUGUGUGUGUGUGUGUGUGUGUGUGUGUGUGUGUGUGUGUGUGUGUGUGUGUGUGUGUGAUAGAGAGAGAGAGAGAGUGCGUGUGUGUGUGUGUGUGUGUGUGUGUUUGUGUGAGUCUUGAAUGAGAGAUAUGAUGAGAGUCCCACUCCUGACUGGAGUGUUAAUUUCCCUGUAUAUCAUUUUAAGGACUGGAACAUCCAGUGUUUGUAUGUAUUGUUCUAUAAGUUCAAUCGUAUUUAAAAUGCAACGUUUGCAUUGGCUGCUGAGUAACCAUAGGAAUGCAAAUGUAAUGAUUGUUAUUAUUGGUUAGUCUCUUUUCAGCCAUUACAGUGUUUCCAUACCAUAAAGUUUUUCCCCUUGGCAUAUUUAUAUUGUUGGUCAAACAUCUGCAUGGUUUUAAAGAUAUUUCUGCCAUUCUGGCUAAGAAAUGUAUAUAAGAUAAUAGUCUCUUGUUUGCAUAGCUGCAUCCUCUGUUCAAAACUGUGAACUCUUCUUGUGAAUGCAAUCUUCGGAUUCUGUAUCAGCAGAGUCUUUUUACUUCUCUAUUUUGGUUUUUAGAAAAAGAGUGUAA